AAGCCCUGGAUUUCGCGAUCCGAAAGGGUUUCACAGAGAAACCAGUUCCCGGAAAUCGAAUCCCAUAAAAUUUCAAACUUUUCAGUUUUAUGAAUGAAACUCGCAGGGAGGCAGCAGGGGGUGCACGCCUUGCCAGUCACGUUUUACGAAGCAACAAAGCGUGUGGUUUUUCUUUAUCCUAAACGGCUUACACUUCAUACGUGCUGCGAUAAAAAAACCCAAGCUUCUUUGCUCUUUGAAGAGGCUAGACCUAAGCAAAGCCAGAGGAGAAAUUCUCAUCUCAUCAGUACAGUAGUUUCCGGCGAGACGAGGGCGACAAUGACUGCAACACGAAUCGUGUCGUCGUCCGACGAUGUUGUGGUAAAGUCUCCCAACGAUCGGAGACUGUACAGAACGAUCGAGCUUGAGAAUGGGUUGUGUGCUCUGCUUGUUCACGAUCCCGAGAUUUACCCCGACGGCUCUGCGGCGGAUGCGCACAACACCGACGGGGACGAACACGAUGAAGAUGAAUACGGUAGUGAGGAUGAAGAUAGCGAAGGAAGCUACGAGGAGGACGAUGAGGACGAUGAAGACGGAGAGGAUGAAGAGGAAGAAGAUGGGGAAGCAGAUGAAGAAAGGGGCAAUACUCAAGGAGGUUCUCAGACCAAAAAGGCAGCUGCAGCUAUGUGCGUUUCAAUGGGCAGCUUCUUGGACCCUCGUGAGGCUCAAGGUCUUGCACAUUUCCUCGAACACAUGCUCUUCAUGGGCAGCUCGGAAUUCCCUGAUGAAAAUGAGUAUGACAGUUACUUGUCUAAGCAUGGAGGAUCCUCAAAUGCUUACACAGAAAUGGAACAUACGUGCUAUCACUUUGAAGUUAAGAGAGAGUUCCUUAAAGGUGCCUUGAAAAGGUUCUCUCAAUUUUUUGUUUCACCCCUCAUGAAAGUUGAGGCUAUGGAACGAGAGGUGCUUGCUGUAGAUUCAGAGUUUAAUCAGGCUCUGCAAAGUGAUGCUUGCCGCCUUCAACAACUUCAGUGCCAUACUUCUGGAACAAAUCAUCCGUUCAAUAAGUUUGCAUGGGGUAACAAGAAAAGCUUGAGUGAUGCGAUGGAGAGAGGGGUUAAUCUCCGGGAUUGCAUAAUGAAGCUGUAUAAAGAGCAUUACCAUGGUGGGUUGAUGAAGCUUGUUGUCAUUGGAGGAGAGUCUCUCGAUGUACUUGAAAGCUGGGUUGUGGAAUUAUUUGCUGAUGUGAAAAAAGGACCUCAAAUCAGGCCGCCACUCAAGGCAGAAGGCCCUAUCUGGAAAGCUGGUAACUUAUAUAGGUUAGAAGCUGUUAAAGAUGUUCAUAUUCUUGACUUGAUAUGGACGCUUCCGAGUCUUCGCCACGCCUAUCUGAAGAAACCAGAAGAUUAUCUAGCCCAUCUACUUGGACAUGAGGGUAGAGGAAGCCUGCACUCAUUUCUCAAGGGCAAAGGUUGGGCGACUUCCCUAUCUGCUGGUGUCGGGGAUGAAGGACUUAACCGUUCAUCUCUAGCUUAUAACUUUAGCAUGUCAAUUCACCUCACGGACUCUGGCUUGGAGAAGAUAUAUGAUAUUAUUGGUUAUGUCUACCAAUAUCUCAAACUACUGCGAGACGUAUCUCCACAAGAAUGGAUAUUUAAAGAACUCCAGAAUAUUGGCAACAUGGACUUUAGGUAUGCUGAGGAGCAGCCUCAAGAUGAUUAUGCUGCAGAACUCGCAGAGAAUAUGCUUGCUUAUCCAGUGGAGCAUGUUAUUUAUGGGGACUAUGUGUACACAACAUGGGAUCCAGAAAUGAUAAAGUAUCUCCUGGGUUUCUUCACGCCAGAAAACAUGAGGAUUGAUGUUGUUUCGAAAUCCAUCAAGUCACAAGAUUUCCAACAUGAACCAUGGUUCGGUUCACGAUAUGUGGAGGAAGAUGUUCCAUCAUCUUUGAUGGAAGCAUGGAAGAAUCCUUCUGAAAUAGAUACAUCUUUGCAUCUACCCGCAAAAAAUGAAUUCAUCCCGUGUGACUUUUCCAUCCGAGCCAUGAACUCCGAUGGGGACUCUAAAAAUCAGUCUCCCCCUAGAUGUAUAAUAGAUAAGGCGCUAAUGAAGCUCUGGUACAAGCUUGAUGAAACCUUUAAGGUUCCUCGUGCAAAUACAUAUUUCCGCAUCAAUCUGAAGGGUGGAUAUGAUAGUGUGAAGAAUUGCCUUUUGACAGAAUUAUUUAUUAAUCUUCUAAAAGACGAGCUCAAUGAAACUAUAUAUCAGGCCAGUGUUGCAAAGCUUGAAACUUCGUUAUCUAUGUAUGGCGAUAAGCUGGAGCUUAAAGUUUAUGGCUUUAACGAUAAACUUCCAGCUCUAUUAUCAGAAGUCUUAACUGUAGCCAAAUCCUUCAUACCAACUCUCGAGCGUUUCAAGGUUAUUAAAGAGAACAUGGAGAGAGGUCUCAAAAAUACCAAUAUGAAGCCUUUGAACCAUUCUUCAUACUUGAGACUGCAACUCUUAUGUAAACGUUUCUAUGAUGCGGAUGAGAAGCUGUCUGUACUAAAUGACCUGUCUCUUGCCGAUCUCACCACCUUCAUUCCUGAACUCCGUUCCCAGAUAUUCAUCGAGGCUCUUUGUCAUGGUAAUUUGUCGGAAGAAGAAGCAAAUAAUAUAUCAAAUAUAUUCAAAAGUAGCUUGAUGGCAGAACCGCUCCCGAGCAAAUUCAGACACGAAGAACAUAUAACGUGUUUUCCUCUUGGUUCAAAUCUUGUAAGAGAUGUCAGUGUGAAGAACAAGUCUGAAACAAACUCAGUGGUGGAGCUUUACUACCAAAUCGACUCUGAAGAAGCUCAAUCAACAAGGAUGAAAGCCAUUCUAGAUCUUUUUGAUGAAAUCAUAGAAGAGCCAUUAUUCAAUCAGCUCAGGACGAAGGAGCAGCUUGGUUAUGUAGUUGAGUGUGGCCCUCGCUUAACGUAUCGAAUCCAUGGUUUCUGUUUCUGCGUUCAAUCUUCAAAGUACAGCCCGAUUUAUUUACUCGAAAGAAUCGAUGGCUUCAUAACCAGCAUUGAUGAGCUGCUGGAGCAACUUGAUGACAAAUCUUUUGAAGACUAUCGAAGCGGUAUGAUUGCUAAGUUACUGGAAAAGGAUCCAUCUCUGUCAUAUGAGACAAAUCGGCUUUGGGGUCAGAUUGUUGACAAAAGGUACAUGUUCGAUUUCUCGGUAAAGGAAGCAGAAGAGCUAAGGAGCAUCCAGAAGAAAGAUGUGGUCGACUGGUACAGAACCUAUCUCACUGAACCAUCUCCCAAGUGUCGGAAGCUUGCGGUUAGAGUUUGGGGCUGCAACACUGACAUGAACGAAGGUAAAUCAGUUCCAAAGUCUGCGGAGAUCAUUACAGAUGUUGCGGCGUUCAAGUCAUCAUCUCAGUUCUAUCCAAGCCUUUGCUAAAAAAAAAACCCUACAAGAGAGAGAUUAUAGAUUCUUCAUUUCCAACUCUCAAUUCAUUUUAUAGAUUCUCCCUGUUUUUAUUUUUUGGUUGGUUAUUUACAGAGAGAUACGGUUCCUGGAUAUGUUGCUCAAAAAACAUGUCUGAAUUUAUCAGCGUUGCAACAUUGGUCCUACAAGUGAGACAAUUGUUACAAAAAAAAAUUCAUAGAAAUUUCGUUAAAGAGUAUUAUUUAUUAA